ACUUCAGAUCCCAGAAAGACAAGACUGUUGAGUCUUCAGAAUAUUGGUAUAAUUUCAAUUAUUGAUACUUCAUACACCGGACCGGCCUAUAAUUGAUUUCAAUAAUUUCCUUCUAGUUCAGAGUUCAGCCGCUGAUCUGUGGAUCGUUUUGUCAUCUUGUCGGUAAAACUUACUCGGAACGGUCGGAAAUCGGUGUUGUACUGUUGUUAGGCUGUCGCUGUUCGUGGUACAGCUGAUCACUAUCGUUUCGGGUAAGUGGCAAUAAUUAAUAUCUACCUACCGACCGAUAUACCGAAUCUUAAUAUUCCUCGGACCGGAAUCUCAAACCCGAAUAACGACGGUUUAAACUGAACGAAUCGGACAAAAAUAUAUUUACGUGAAUAUCCGGUUCUCUGGAAUUAAACAUUUAGAUAGAUAAAUUAUGAAACCUCAAGAUCUGUGUGAUAUUGAUGACUUAGCUACAUCACUUGUUGUUGAUGUUUUCCUUGGAUUUAAUACCCACAAAAUGAAUAUAGAACAUAAAGAUAGGUAUAAAUGUAAAUCAGAUUUAAAACCUAUUAUUGAUGAAUUCAUAAAAAAUCAAAGUAUGAAAAAAGCUUUUGAUUCAUUUUGGAAUCAAAAGUAUAUACCUGAUCAUUUAUUUAAGGUAUCUUAUAAGAAAUUAGUCAGAGACCAUAUUGAAAGAUACAUGGGAAUGUUUUAUUUGGAUUCUGGUUUUCAAAUUGAGCCAUGUUAUAGAUAUUCUUUAGAAAAUAAAGUAGGAGCCAAAGUAAAUGCUACCAGUUAUUGGCAUAAAGAUGGAGUCAUUAAACGAUUAGUUGGUUGUGUGGCUGAGUUGACAGAAAAAGAAGAAGAUGAAAUCUUACAUAUUGGAAAGAAUGAUUUUUCAGUUAUGUAUAGCUGUCGCAAAAAGUGUGCUCAACUUUGGCUGGGCCCAGCAGCAUAUAUCAAUCACGAUUGCCAGGCCAAUUGUAAGUUUGUAGCUAAUGACAAAGGAACAGCUUGUGUUAAAGUACUCAGAGAUAUUAAACCUGGUGAUGAAAUAACAUGCUUUUAUAGUGCUAAUUUCUUUGGUGAAAAUAAUGUUAAUUGUGAAUGCUGCUCAUGUGAAAAGUUAUGUAAAGGAGCUUUUAAAACCAAUGAAGAACAACCAAAAUUGGGACGAUACAACUUCAGGCAAACUCAUGGUCGAACCAAUACUUACCGGUCUCCAGAUAAAAGCAAAAAAGUUAAGGAACCAAAGACACCUAAAAAGAAAAAGAAUGUGGUUUUGGAACCAGUUACUCCUAAUAAAAAUCCUGAAGUUGAUAAGGGUGAAGCUUUGCUUGGAUCGCCAUACACAAAAAUAAUCCAAAAAACAAGAGGCUUAGAUUUAGAUCAAGCAUCAAAAUCACCAGAAAAGUAAUAUACAAUAAGGAAAUAAAACAUUAUUUUUACAAUAUUGAAUAUACAAUUAAAACACUAAUAAAUUAUUGUAUAAUCGAUAAAUUAUUAAAAUUAGAAAUUAAAUAUAAU